UAUUGAUGAUCUCUCUUUUUAUUUGUCGUAAAUGGAGGCACUGACUCUUGUUCUUCCCUCACGGAGCCGGACAUCACCGGCAUCAUCACCGUCUUGCCGGAGAAGACGCACGGCGGUUGUGAGAGCGAGUGGAGGAAGAGAACACCAAUGGGGAAGAGUGGUUGACGAAAACAUGAUCGUGCUGAGACUAAGAAUAAGAGAGAUGAAGAUGAAGGAGAAGAAGAAAGAAGAAGAAAAUGAAGAAGGUUACGGAAUGAUGGAUCAGUGGGAGAGAAAGUAUUAUGAAGGGCAGUAUGGGGAACAUGUUUGUGCAGUUGUAGGGUUGUUGCAGAGUUACUUGAUGAACGUAAGGCCAUGUUUUGCUGUGGGGAUGCUGCUUCUUGUUGCUUUCAGCGUCUUUUUAUCUUCUGAGUUGCUUCUCUUCAACUCUGUCGACAUGGUGAAAGCCCUAUUUUCUUCACUCUUUGGUUUAAGGGGAGAGGUACUGCAUUAGCUCUAAAGCUAAAUUUGCUUUGUAAUUAUACCACAUCCGAUUUUAAUAUAAGAGUUAGUUUAGUUUUCAGUUUAGUCAUAAAU